AGAAAAUGUUUAGACUUUUCACAGGGCGUGUUAUUCUAGUUUUCUGUUCGCUAGAAGUAGCAGCUAGUGGUCCAAAGUUUGAUUUUUAUAAGGCGCAAGAGUUGUGUAAAGCUGAAGGAAAAUCACUUCCGGUUGCACCGACGUAUGGUGAAUACACCAUGUUUGAAAAAUACUUAGAAGAAAAGAGUUGGACAUCUGAGAAUUUUUGGAUUGGACUUAGAAAGCCAACAAAUGCAUUACAGUUUCAAUGGUUGACUGGUGAAACUUUAAAUACAUUUUGGGAGAAGGAUAAACUAACUGAGCCUCAUAAACGUAAAUGUGCUGUAAUAGACAAAGAUGGUGAUCAUCUGUGGCAGACUGAUGAAUGUGAUAAAGAGAAUUAUUAUAUAUGUGUUAAUUACAGUAAGUCAGAAUUUGAUUUCGAAUUACGCCAAUAUGGGAUUAGUUAUAAGUCAGCCAGGAGUGAUUGUCAAAAGGAUGGUAAAGAUCUAGCUAUAAUUAAAACCCAAGAGAAACAGAACAGAAUAGUAGCAUACAUUAAAGGGAGCUAUAUUGAGGACGAAACAGAUAUAUGGAUAGGUCUGGAAGGAUUUGGUACCGAGGAUAAAGAUUAUAGAAAAUUUAAAUGGAUCGAUGGUGAAAUGAUGAGAACUGUAGACUGGAAAGGGGUUGAAAUGAAGAGCGAAGAGAACGAUGAGUGUGUUGCGUACAAAGAUGGUAUGUGGGAACAGAAAGAAUGCACGAGUGAAAUCGAAUACAAAGACGUAGUAUGUAGAGAGGCUUUUGUUACAAGUGAGCCAGUGAAGAAACUUGCGGAUUAUUAUUAUCUUAUCAAGAACAAAGCAGUCUCUGCAACGCCACUGAUAGUGACAACAUUUAAAAAAGGACUGUUAUGUGCCAUGGAAUGUUCUAAAUCUCCACAGUGUCAUAUGUAUACUUAUGAUGGAUACAACUGUGUAACCUACAACCAAUAUGUCAUCUUCAUCAACAAUAACAACCCAAAAUUGAAAUUACGACGCCGUAGAGAAACAACUUAGGAUAUACACCCAAAAUGUUUAAAAGAUUCUUUGUUCGUAAAAUUAUAAAAAAAAUUCCAGUUAAUUUUAGGAUAUACACUCAAAAUAUUUAACAGAUGGUGAUAUAACAUAGAUUCUUGGUUGGUAAAACAUAAAAAUCCAGUUAAUGUGAGAAAUAUUCAAUAUGUCCAUAUUCACUGCAGUGUUUGGUGUGAUUUUCUUACUCUACAGAGUUACACUACGCCAUUGUUUUAUGCUUAACUAGUGUGUGUGCAGUUUACCCAGACCUUAUUCACGAAAUUAAAACUAAAAUAUUUUAAGAAAGCAGCUCUUUCAUUCGUUAAAUUAUUUUUUUUAGGAUUUUAACCCUCGGCCAAUAAUGAAAAGGCCACAUCCUUAAAAUCUUUAAGUUUAAGUUUUCAUGAAUAACGCCCCCUGUUUAAUCAAACAGCUCGCUUCAUUUGUGAUUUUGUCAUUUCAGUUUUAAAUUACGCAGUAUCUUAAUUUAGUCGGAAUAUAACCAAUCGUAAUUAAACACAGAAACGUAAUCCAACAAUACCAGGCAAAAACGAUACAAUAUACCGAAACAUAAUAUACAAUUAAUAUUGAAGUGAGGUCGAUUUAAUUUCUCUAUUUUUGUCUUAUUCCAGUCCAUUGCUAAUCAAUUUUGCCUGAAAAUCUGAACAACGUCUGGAUUUUAUUUAUUUGUCUGUCACAGUCGAUCAAGUGUGUUCCAAGGAUUUGCUUAAAUGCAUUUAGCUCCCUUUAUCUGUAAUUUAUUCUUUUUACUUCCAAUUGUCCACAUACUUAUGAAAUGAAACACUAUCUUUAGUAAUCAGAAAAACUUGAACUAAAAAAAAAUAAUAUCACUUAUAUGUAUUUGUUUAUAUGGUUAAUUCGUACAAUGUUGAUGAGAAAAUGAAAUAUGUUUUUUUUAUUAUCAUUAAAUGAACACUAUUCCACACUAUACGGCAAAUAUGGACUGUCACACAAUGCGUAAAAUAAAAAAAUGUAUAGUGGUCCUGUGUAGACCAAUCCCAACUUAGAGUAUAGCCUUCACAACUUCACAUUAUUUUAUUUUUACUGAAUAUUUUUGUUCAUUGAAGA